AUCAAAUUUUCUGAACCCUGAACACCAUUUGAGCCAUGGAGUGUCUCAAAGUCAGACGUUUGCUUCCAUGGCCCCCGAAGGCGGGCCUCUUUGCGGACUUUGCCCAUGCGGUGGAUCGCGUUCUCGAGGCCGAAGAGCAGGAGCACCGCGCUCGUCCCGACAGGUUCUCCGACGGGUUGUGGAAGUGCCGCGCGGAGGCCUGGCGUCGGCGCCACCACACGAAGGCCUUGGGCUCUACCGCUGGGAAGCUGCAGCGGGCAGUGGGCCGUCGGAUGGUGGAGCUGGAAGCGCGGAUGAGGCGCCGAGAAGCGCCCAGUGGAGCCUCGGAGCUCAGAGAACUUCUGGCGGUGGAAGUAGAGGUCUGGACUUCGGAGUUGCAGCAGCUAGCAGAUCCCUUGGUUUGGGCCGCUGAUGGUUCCUUACUACAAGAUGUUGGGCCAGUCCGGUCUGGGUGCUUCUUGCUGGGUGACGCGCAUCUCCAGAAGCUCACUGGUAGGGCACUGGAGCAGAAGCUCGAAGAGCUUCAUGACAUGUCCGGAUGGUACAUCCCAAACCAUCCUGCCGACGUUCCGCGUGCGUUGGCGGUCGGCGUUCCCAUCCUCGACGCGAUUUGCUCUCAGAUGAGGCUCUUGGAUGCGUGGGCAUCUCGCCAGGAGACGCGCGAGGCCACGGAGCAGUGGUGCUCCCGCAGCUUUGCCUCCGCGAUGCUCUCUGUGUCCACCCUCCAGCAGCGGAGCCGAGGCUCCAGCUCCGAGCCCCUCGCGCUCCCCGCGCGGCUCGAUGAGGGUCGCGCUCGGUCCCGCGGGGGGAGCGGUGCGGGGCGGUGCAGAGCGAGUCGACCACCCAGCGCUCCGAGCCCUCGCCCUCCAGCGCCGUUGGCGAAGGCGAGCGUCAACCCUGCAGCCUUUUGGUCACCUCCACCCCCGCCACCCGUCGGACCGUUCAGCAUCGCGCCGGUGCCACCACCGGCUCCACCGGCACCGCCACCGAUGUAGGAUGAUGUACAGUAGGAUGUUCAGGAUGCAGCCUGGCCAAAGGCCAUGUGGCUCCACCUGCCAGGAUGAAGAUAGAAGGAAGGUGCCACAAGAAGGGGGGCGCGGGCGCGCAUGCCAUGGAUGUUUGCGGCAGAGCCGG